CCGGUCGUGUUGUCAAUUAUUUAUAAGGACUGACAGUAGUCGAAGAGUAUUUACGAAAAUCACUAGAACGGACUUGUUUACCCAUCACUUCAGAUCUCUGCAAUGAAGGCGAUUUCCCACGGCUCCAACAGCUGCGUGUACGCCAGGAGGUGUGUGCGGCGAUACAGACGAUGGCAGAGAAAUAAGGCUUAUACAAGGCUCAGAGCGAUGGUCCCAUCUGUAGCAGAGCAGCAGAAAGUAUCAAAGGUGACAAUCGUGGAAGAAGCUGUUAAAUAUAUUGACGUUCUCCAUGAACGAUUCAUGAAGAGAUUUGGCGACUCAGAAGACAUGGACCACAUCAAACAGAUGAUUGUAACGUUAAUGGCUCAGAAAGCAGCAGAGGACUCAACGCAGGACCAAGCGCAUUACUCACUUCCGGUUCAGACACCUGCACCCAAGGAUGUACUUCCGGUUGACAAGCGAGCACAAUAAGACAGGAUCUGCAUUAUUUCGAGGAACAAAGCUCAUCUCGUGAUUUGCUCGAUCGUCUCAGCUCAAGAAGAUGAACCAAAGAUGAAUCUUCUUAUACUGUGCCAUAUUCAAGGUCAAUCCUCGCCCGCAUACUGCCAGUUUGAUGAUUCGUUUGGGUAUUUGUGGUCUUCUUCUAGAACUGACAUUACGUCGCUUGAUUAACAACGACGUUAAUAUUGACACCACAGUGUUCCAGAAGUGUGCAAUAUGACCGGAAAUGACGGAAUCGUGCCAAGGGCAGAUAACUGCAGAGGACAAGGCUUAACACCACCAAGAACAGCUUUACACCUUUGUGAUUUGGCUUUCUACCGCAUUAUUGUGAUAUUGUAAAUAGCAAGAUUUUAUACCACGAUUGUACAUGUUUACAUAUUUAUGAUACCUUGAUAAUAAAACUUGUGUGCAAAUA